AUGGAACAGACUAUGAGACGCAGAGCACUAAAUGAUAUUGAAAAACAAUCGUCUAUGAAGAGUAUCGCAACAUCCAAGUUCUUCGCCUUCGUCGUCGGCCCCGAAGAAACCGAGUUCACCAUCCAUUCCACCCUCGUCGCAAAGCAAUCACCCGUCAUGAGCAUCCUCGUCAACGGCCGCUUUAAGGAAGCGUCGGAACAACGUGUCAAAUGGACCGACCUCGACGAAGCCAUCUUCCUCAGCUUUUGGGAGUUUGCGUACACCGGGGACUACGAGAACCCUAGUCCAGAGGAAGAGGAAGAGGAGAAGACAGAUUCAUCCGAUGAUGAGCUGGCCCACUGGAGCAAAUCUUGGGCGCUCUACGUUCGCCUUUUCCCAAGAAGCGCCGGACCUACCAAGGUCAAUCCAACGAGAGAUCGUGUACUCUGGGAAGACUUUGUCGAGGAAUACGCCCCCAUGCCUCGACCAUUCGACGUAGGAAACAUCGGCUCAGAUACACUGCUGCAUCACGCUCGAGUGUGCGCCUUCGCGGAUCGCUACUGCAUGGACGGGUUGAUGGAAAUAUCGAUGGGCAAGCUAUUCCUCGCGCUCGAAGCAACUAUACCUUGGGGAGAUAAAUGGAAUACCAUCAUGGAUCUCCUCGUCUUUUGUUCUGGCAGGUUUGUUCCCGAGAGGCUGCGUCGGAUUGUAGCGGAUUACGUUAUCUGUCAAGGCGACCUCUUCCGGGAUGAGGAGGCGUUUCAGAACUUUUUGCAGGAUCCUGGUUGUUCGAUGAGGGAACUCUUGCAGGAGCUCCGAAUGGAAGAUGAGGGAGAUGGGUGA